AUGAUCAGACUCUACUUUCUCUCCGUUUUCUACUCUGCUCUUAAUCAUAUCCCUCCGUUUGUAUGGGCGGUCCUUCACGUCAUUGUCGACAUAUUCCAGUUUUGGAUGCGGCGACUGAUGAACUAUUUUCGUCCAAAAUCCAGAAACUUGUAUCACGGAGCGAUCGCAGAACUUGAACGCUGUGAUACCUAUGACGACUGGUACGGUAGGGCCGCCGUGGUAGACGAAAUUACUGGUGCGGAUCUGUGGCGACGCAAUUUUUACUCGCAGCGGUACGAUGUGAAUUCUGUUCUGGAACAGUAUGCAGUGCUAGAUGAGGCUCUUGACGAGCAAGAUGCACACACCAUCGUUCAACGGUUCAGUACUACAGGCCCCUCCAUGCUUAGAAAUUUUGCCGGUAUCGUCGACAAGCGUUUAUUCACGAAAUCCCUCAUUGGCACCAAACUGCUGAUUGAACAGUACCUAGACAAAGUGUUGGAGUGUUUGCAGUUUUUAUGCGAGACACCCGCCGUAGCAAGAACCUCAUUUUUCCAACGCUGUAAACUUUCGCUAGGAACCACGGCGUUUAUAUUGCAAGGUGGUUCGUUGUUUGGUCUUUUCCAUCUAGGAGUAAUCAGAGGUCUGCUGGAUCAAAAACUUUUACCAAAUAUCAUCAGCGGCAGCUCUAUGGGUGCAUGCAUUGGCAGCAUGUGCUCCGUACUUACCAACGAUGAGCUUUUCGUGCUACUCUCUGGUGAUAACCUUCUCAAUGCAAUCAAGUCGGAUCUGGAACUACUCAAGAAAUGCGGCUACGGGAAUAUUGAUCAAGAUAUGAAUCUGGGUUUCUUACUGCAGAAUGUUGUUCAUCGAGGUUACUCGAAAGAUGUGUUUCUGUUCAUUAAUUUCGUGAACAAGGUUGUAAUCAAAGAUCUUACAUUCGAGGAAGCAUUUCAACGAACAGGCAAAAUUCUCAACAUCAUUGUACACCCCACGGAUCGCAACAGAUGCCCCUCGCUGCUGAAUUAUGUCACAACGCCAAACAUUUUGAUAGCUUCGGCAAUUGACUGCAGUCUUGGUUCCGAAGUUGUCUCGAGAGGAACUAAGUUAUUGUGCAAGAAUUUAAAACAUGAGAUAGUCGACUAUCUCCCUGACACUGGAGGUUGCCGGAUUGUUUUCCUGACGCCUCAGAAUGCCAGUGAAACUGGCCUGAUCGAAAGUCCCUAUACAAGACUGACAGAGCUCUUCAAUGUCAAUAACUUUAUCGUGUCAUUGGCCCGUCCUUACCUCGCUCCUUUGGUUAUGAACGAUUUAAAGCAUGAGAUCAAGACGUCGAAAUAUUAUUAUUACAAACACUAUCCUACCACUGACAUGAGUAAUUUCACGCCACUGCAAUUGUCCAAUAUGAACGAGGUGGAGCCUUUGGGAUUCAAAUUCAGGUACCAUUUAGAACGUAAACUCAAGCAUAUUGCCACCAUGGAAUUCCGUCAUCGGGUAGAGGUUCUAGACAAUUUAGGGAUUUUGAGUCAUUGGAUUAAAAGGCUGGCCAUUGACGAGAAAACACCGCGGUCGGCCACCGAAAUAACUAUAGUGCCCAAUAUGAAAAGCCUUUCGCUUAGUAGGGUUAUUGAGGGCCAACUUGACAAUAUUCCUUAUUGGAUUAAAUGUGGAGAACAAAGCUGCUGGCCGGUUUUCGCUCUAAUAAAGACCCGCUGUGCGGUAGAAUUUGGACUUGACGAAAUUAUCAAGGCCAAAAAAAACAUUUGA